CAAACCUUUACAAUGAACAACGACGAAUCUGCACAAAAACCAAUGGAUGAUGAUGAUAAAGUCUGUGGAGAGUGCAAGCUAAAUCCAUGGAAGUACAAAUGCCCAGGAUGUUCAAUUCGAUCAUGUGCUCUUCCUUGUGUGAAAGCUCACAAGAAGCGAACAGGUUGUACCGGAAAAAGAAAACUCACCGACUUCGUUCCCCUCUCCAAGUUCGACGACAAUCUCCUCCUCUCUGACUACAAUAUGUUGGAGGAGACGAAGAGAGUGGCGGAGUCUGCUUUGAGAAGGAGACAUCAGUUAUGUAAGAACCCUUACUUUAACUUACACGGUGGUCUUCGUAGCCUCCGGUUUGCUGCUGCUAACCGAAAAACUAAGCUUUGGUUUCUCCCUGGUGGGAUGUUGAAGAGGGACAAGAACCAGACUCGAUACAAUUCCCGGAAGAAUUGCAUCUCAUGGACAGUUGAGUGGCGGUUUCACUCUACAGAUGUGGUUCUUGUUGAUCAUGGUGUUGGUGAAGAUACAAGCCUUUGCUCUGUGAUAGAGAAUCAUCUUAAGCCAAGCCCUUGGAUUCACAAGCUCAAGCCCUUUUGUGAUGUGGAUCUUGAUUCUCUCAAGCUUUUUAUUCGCAAAUACCCCAAGGGUGUAAAGGUUCCUUUUAAGGAGCUGGACAUCAAGUCUGCCUUGAAGCAACAGCUUGCUCACGUAACUAUCUUAGAGUACCCUGUGAUCCAUGUUUAUCUUCCUUCACAGAGCUAUGACUUUGAAGUUAUCAGAGACUUUGACCGUGAGAAAACAACACCUGACCCUAAAUACUAUAGCCAAACAGAAGGUGCAAUUACGAGAGAAGAGGAAAUAGAAGAAGACAUGGACUCCUUUGAGCCAGAGGUUCUUGAUCUUAUGAAACAAAUAAACUAUAACCCGCGUCAGCAAGUCUCAGAGGACAACAAGGUUGAAGGUUGUGGGGUUACCAAAAAUGCACAUCCUGACGAGAACAUGGAGCUUGAGUUUGAACAAGGGUUAAUAGACACAUACUCUGAUCUUUUCCCUGAGUUGAACCCUGGUGAUUAUUUCAAUUUUGAAUGUGAGUUUGCGAAAGGGUUUGAUUCAGAUUUUAACUGCAAUCUUCAAAGUCUAGCUACUACUGAUUUGAGCAUUGAUGGACUAGAGGAAGGUGAAAUCGCUGAAUGAUGGUCAUCUCCGGUUUAAAAGAAAUAACAGAGGAUAGUACUUUCACUCCAAGUCUCCAACAUUCUUGGUCAUGCCUGAACUGAACUUCCCUUGUUGAAAGCACAUUGGCUAUUGUUUGUAUCAUCCAAAGCUCGAACUAGAUAGCCAAAUCCUUUUGAUUGCAGAACCAGUGGUCAUAAACGUUUUUGGUUUGAGAUCAGAUCAACAGGUCUUUCUGUAGUCUAGUGUGUUUAGUUAUUUGUUACAUUCAAAUAUUAUUUAAUCGAUGUAAGAGAAGGUCUUUGAAACUUUAUGCUUAUUCUCUUCUCCACUUUCUAUAAACAAGUUAGUGUUGAAGACCGUUUGCGUAGUCCAAAGUAACACUCUAACCUUGUAUUCGAUGUAGAGAACAACCAAGAUGUAAC